AGCUCACUGUUGGAUUAUCUGUAUUUGCAGCAAGUAGUCAGUCCCAGUCAAUCACUAUUCUUAGCAGCUUUGCUAUUGGCUCCCAGCUUAACCAGUCAUAAAAUGACCAGAAUGUCUCGUCACACAAAGCAGCACCUGUGAGUUUCUCACACUCAAACUGCCUCCCUUAUAGCCUUCCACUUUAAAUACACGCUAUAUGACAUGAGUGUUUGGCUAGUCGAUGAAAAAUACCUCAAUCCUGAGCUAGCGUUCGCAGAUCUACAAAAAAACGUCAACUGGAACUACAGGCCAACAUUUGGACGUCACAUGUAUUGUAAUUUAAUAGCUUAUUGUUAACUGAAAAUGGGUUUGCGAGGCAUUGGCUUUCUUCUGCAGUGUUACCUGAUGUUGGCAGCAGCCAUGUAUUUUGAUCUCGGAGAGCAGGAGGAAAAAUGCAUCAUCGAGGAGAUUCCUGAAGACAUGCUGGUCACCGGUUAUUUCUUGUUGGAGCCUUGGGAUUUGAAGGCGUAUUCCCACUACCCUCAACUCGGCGUCACUGUGACAGUCAGAGACCCAAACCAUGAGGUUCUGAUGUCCAAACGCUACGGUAAAUUUAGUAAAUUCACCUUCACAGCUCACGCCUCUGGUCAGCACUACCUUUGCUUCCAAACCAACUCCACAAGGUUUGCUGUCUUUGCUGGAGAGAAGCUGAAGCUACAUUUGGACGUUCAGGUGGGAGAGCACUCGAUUAAUCCCAAAACCGACAAGACCAAAGACAACAUGGAGACUCUGGAGAACAGCCUCAGCCACCUCAUUGAUCAGAUGAUGUACAUCAUCAGGCAGCAGGAGUACCAGAGGGAGAAAGAGGAAGUGUUUCGUCAGAUCGGGGAGGACACCAACAGUAAAGUGCUAUGGUGGGCUGUUGUGCAGACCUUCAUUCUGCUGUCAGUUGGUUUCUGGCAGAUGAAACGACUCAAAGACUUCUUCAUCGCCAAGAAGCUGGUCUGAUGAUAAACUCUGACCUGUCAACUUUAAGCCUGAUGACCUUAUAGCAUGUCCUGCCCAUACCUGUCCAAAUAUAUACUUUUAAAAACAAUUUAUGACUAGAAUAAUUAUGGAUUACAGAGGAUGUGAGACAGUUAAAUAAAAAUCCACCAACACUGCUUUUAUAAUGUUGUUAGUGUACAAGAUAGAUAAUCUUGCCAAAACUACAAUAUUUCUAGAGGUUUUUCUUUCUUUUUAAAAUUCUUUUCCUUUUUCUCUUUCUAUUCUUCCACUCUGUUGCCCUUAAAACAGAAGGCUAUUGCAUAAGGUUGGAUUGUAAUCUUGAAUUGGGCUCAUAUUCCCACACCUGUUUAUGCUUCUGUUAAAAUAAAUUGAUAUCUGUA